UCGUCCUCCUGAAUUCCUGAAACAAACACACAUCUGUUCCCUGACGACGCUGCCGCGCCUGAGAGCCGCCACGCCGCGGGCAACCCGCCCCCCGCACCGCCACGCCGCGCGCAAGCCGGUAAGAGGGCGACGAAGGAUCAGCAGGUCCCGCAGCGCGGCGCGCGACCCGGCAAGGGGAGCAGCAGCCACCAGGCCGGUGACCGCGAGCAGCGGCUGCCGGAGCGUGGGGCUCUGCAAACCGCACGAGGGCAAGCUAUCUGCAGGAAGCAGUGUAAAGCUGUUUGGUGAUAAUGGAACCAAAGCAUUCUGCUGAAAUGUCCAGGCAUUUGGACAAGCAAAAUCAUGCCCUAAUGGAAACAUACCGAGCAAUGUCCCAUGAGUUGCAUAAACUACAAGUUGAAGAGGAAACAAUCAUGCAGAAGUUAUAUGAGCUGAUGUCUGUGGAAGGGCUUCUUCCAAAGCGCAAGACGGAAAGGCAGCCAGAGAAAGCAGGGGAAUCAACACAGGAAAACGAAGAACAGGAACCAUAGAAUGUUAACGGUGAAUCUGUGAUAUGAUAUUUCAUGCGGUGCAAGUUCGGCUGAGCAGCCAUGGCCCAAGGCUUGCAAACACUGCUUUUGGAUAUCCGCUCUAAUAGACAUACAGUAGAGAAAAUGUGUCUCGAUUCCCACAGUUGGUGUGCUCUGUUAUCGUCCAAAUGCACUGUUGAAUCUGACUAUUGUUUCGUGAGGAUCCGGCAGCUGACUCUAACAUGUUAUAUCUUACAUGCUUUUGAUUCAUCUCAACGUUUUGUGUUCUGAGAUGGGAAUCCUGUCGAGCUAGUAGUUUAUUCGUAAAUGCUUUGGAAAACUUGGGGCGUGACUAACUAAUGAA